AUGGAGGAAGCAUCUGCUGGCGGUGCAGUCAUGCCGUACGUUGUGCGGUUCCGUGCGCCUGGCCUUUUGGACACCACAGCGCGAGCCGCGGCGGCGCUUGAAGAGAUUGCCACAGCUCUGCGGUCUCUGCUGCAGUUCGUUGAACUCUCCGACGUGCCGAACGAAAGGUACGCCGCACACCGUGCGAUGCAACAACCGGCACGUGCGGAUGCCGUUGGCGUUGCGCUCUACCUCACACGUGCCAUGGUCGCUGUGAGUGUGGUACUGAUGCUUGUGGCGUCUCGCACCGCCGGCGGGGUUGUGCAGGUGCAGGAAAAUAUCAUUGCGCCGCAUUUUGCGUCGCUUUGCCGACAAAUGCACGCGAUCGCGACGCCGGUCAUCAAGCACAGCAGUGUCGCCAACGUGAUGGUGCGCACCACAUCGCUCGUGCAGUACUUUGGCGGGCUCCUUGCCACCCUGCCAACCGAUAUAGACAGCAGUAACGCAGAAACAGCAGCAGCAGCAGCAGCAGAGGGGGUUCGUUGGAUUGCGAAUCGUGCGAUUGGCCUCUCAUUUGUGCGACACACAAUGGUGCCUACCAUUACGGUGGCCAUGCGCUCCAACAGCCGCUCGGAGAAACUCAGCGCGUUGGCAACGCAGGCAUCGACGAUGUUGCGCGAGCAGCUGGAGGGCCUCCGUGUUUGUUUUGCCGAUGAUGACGGUGCAGCGGUGGUCGCUGCGGAGAGGAAGCGUCCACACCUGGAGAAGAAGAAGCGGCAGCAGAAAGAAGAGGGCGGCGGGGCAGAUGUGACGGUGGACGAUGUGCUCUUCGCGCUGACUGCGGAGGUCACGGCAGUGCAGAGCACGCGGAAGGACGCAGCAACAAAGCGGGAGACACUCAAGAUAAUACGCAAGCGCAGCCGCAGCGGUGACGCAGCGCCGCCUCAGCAGCAGCAGCAGAAGCAGAGGCGCUGA